AACUUAAAUAAAAUGGCUUCUUUAGUGGACCUGGAACCGAAAAGAGAACUAAUAAAUCCAAAUUUUGAUCAUUACCAGCUCUCUCUUGAUUCUGUUCCUGUUUAUGAUGCAUCAUUUGAUAAAAGUAUUGAUAUAGCGAAACCAUCAGAAACAACAUUCUCAUCUCAUCAUGCUAAGCUGUUUAGCCUACACAACCAUAUUUUCUCUGAUCCAUGGCAUGAUGAUUCUGUCUACUACUGUGACCGUGAAUGGAGCAUUGGAAAAAUUUCUCUGGACAAGAUGGGUAAGCCUUCACCUUGUGACACAGUGUUCCAUGUGCCAGAUGCUGCCAACCUAAGGCUCAAACCUACACGCUUCAAUGUUUCCCUGAGCUUUCCUAGCCAGAGUCUGGCAGUCAUUGUCAAUGGUGCAGACAUGAUCUACCUCCUGGAGACUGAUGACAGAAAUUCAUUAAACAAAUGGAAGGUCUUGUUUAGUGAAACAGUUCCAGUCUCUGGUCAGGCAAGUGUUGUCAUAGAUACAGUGCAAUGGUUAGAUGGGGAGAACCACAGAGUUGAAUGCCUUCUGGCAUCAGUGGAAGAAGUUGAAGGGGAGGUAAAAGAAAAACACAGAUCACCUUGGAUUAUGGUUCUUUCGUGGCUGACACUCCUUUCAGUUGAUGGAAAGCAAUGGAGCAUUGAGAGAAACAGACGCAUUGAAGGUUCAAGGCCUUUUGAAUUUGCUUGUUUAAGCCGCAAGGGAUCAUCAGUUAUCAUUGCCUCGUCCUCGGCUUACAGAAUGGUAGAAGAUUCCGUGAAACCAGUUGAGGGUGCUGAUGCCUGGGAGAUGGUUGGUCAAAGAGAUACAAAGUCACUGUACACCUGGAAUCAGACAACCAGUGACCUCUGUGUCCACCUGACAAUUCCAGAAGGUUUGAGCAAAGCUAACCUGAGUGUGGACAUUACUGGUACCAGGCUAGAGGUGGUCAUCAAAAAUGGUGUUGAGAUGAUCCAAGGAGAUCUGCAUGCAAGAGUAGAUGUAGAUGGCAGCACUUGGACUCUCGAUGGUCGAAGGCUAGAAAUAACUCUACAAAAGGCAGAAGAAGGUCUGUGGCCAACAGUUGUAGCUGGGGACAACAGGGGGGAGCUGGUGAUGACCCCAGAGCAGGUUGAUGCUGUUCAUGCAAGGCUUGCACACCUGACAUCAGAAGAUUGGAAUCCAAAUCCAGAGUGCAAAGAGAACCCUUACAAUUCACAAAUGCUUGAGGAGUGUGACGCUGUGGACGAAGAUGGUCUACUCCUGAUGAGGAUUGAUGGGGAGACACACCAGUUAACACACAAAGCUAUCACAAGUAACCAGUACUUGUUUAGUGCCACCAUUGAUGAAUCUGGAGGUAUCCCAGCAUUCUGUCUGAGACAUGACGUGGAUGGUUUCCUGUGGCAGACUAUAGAUGGCCAGGUGGAUAAAUCCCCAUGGGAGCACAUUGGGGUGCUGAACGCAUUUGGCUAUGUCCUGGCAUCAAAACAGCAGCGGAGAUUUUGCACAUGUUCCCCUGACAUGUCCACAGCCGUGAUCGCAGAUGCCCAGCGCCACCUUUAUCUCUACAAACAGAAAGUCUCUGUCAUGACACCAUUGCGAAACAGGAAGACCGGGCAGCAAGUCAGCAGUGUUGCUAAGCAACAGGUGCUGUCACUGGAUGCCUCCCCUGAUACUAUCCUGGGUUUGAAGGUAACCAACACAAAAAUCUAUGUUGCCACUGAACAGAAGAUGUUUGUCUACACAAUAAAAGUGGACGAAUAAGACCAAUAACAAAUGUUUCAAUAUAUUGUAAGAAAUAAACUUUUUGUCCAAAACCAUG